AUGUCCAUACCACAUCUGUUUCUAACAGCUCUGAUGGUGCUCCUCACAGCUGUCUCACAAAAUCACGUCAAACGAGAUCAGCCCACCAAACUACAGUACUGUACACUGCUUGCGCGCGCGUUUGACCCACCAUCUCGCAUUUACAAACCCAAAAUCACCCUAGCCGGUGCAAUUCCAAACCCAAAAUCACGCCCAGCAUGGAGCAGUUCUCCAGCCCCACCCUACGCGCUGCAGAGGAGUACCCUUGGUCCCCAAGAUCGCGAGGAAUUUCAAUUGGAAAUGGCAGAAGAAGACUACGACCAGGCAUUCACUGAAGCAAUUGAGCGGGAGAACGUGGAUAUUUCGGAAGAACAGGAGAUAGAGGCCCGCUUAGGACUAGGAAGUGGUUGUGUGUAG